UCCUUAUUCAUUUUCUAAAUUUAAACUAGAACGUCACGUCAUUCCUCUUUCAUAAAACUUUUUGAAAAAUCUAUAAAAAAAAAUUCAAAAUUUUCCUUUCCAAAUCUUGACUAUUGUGAGCCAAAUCUUGUGGAACUUCUGUCCUAGUGUCCUUAAGAAUUUUUCAUAUUUUCUAGUUUGAUAAAAAAAAAAUUCCAUCUCAACAUGUGCGAUGCUUGCUGCGCUCCCUGUGGACCAUGCUGUGCAUGUGAACCAUGCUGUCCACCCUCUCAGCCCAAAUCGUGUCAGAGCCAUGAAUUGCGUGCUGGCAUCAUGUACAGCACUUGUGAUUGUUUUCGACGUAACGGCCUUCAGGAUAAAUGUCCUCGUGCUUUGUGUCAAGGUCGUUCAGCUUGUAUGUCUUUUCCCAAACCCAAUUGCUGUCCAUCUAAAUUUCCUUUGCGUUUUGCCAAUAUGACUAUGGGAGUAAGGAAACGCAGUGGUAACGCAUGCUCAUAAAAUUCAGAAUCUUAGCGAGGAUCAUGUGAUCGUUGAUGCGGAAUCUCGAAACAUGUGCAGUUCUAGCUACUUAAUUACCUCUUCCAAAGUGUUGUUUAACGCUGUGUAUGGGCAUUUUAUAGAUUCAACCAUAAAUGCAAGUAAAAUACCACCGACUCCAUUUAAGUAAAUUUUUUUCGAAGAAAUAAAUGAAUCACAAUCUAAGAAUAUAUCAACAUAUCAUUAAACGUGGAAAAAUAAAUGAAGAUUCUCUUACCGCCUGUGUCUGAAUAUAA